UCUUCAGAACUUAACCAACCAGAAGUUGCUGGCCCCAGUCUCCCCUGACGCCUGUGUACCGCAGCACGCGUCUGCAACGUCCUGGAGUCUCGCCCCCGUCUCCCACAGCUCUGUAAAAUGAUGGCGCGGGCAGUCCUAAUACUGGCACUGGUGGCUGCGGCUGCCGCUGGUCCAAUGAAGCUGUACGAGAAGUCUGAGAGCCAUAAGUACCAACAAGUCCUGGUGCCGGUGUCCUCCACGGUGAUCCCGCUAGAUGACCUGCCGGCCUACAGGGUCGGGGUCGGCAUCGGGGUGGCUACGCCCACCACUCUCGCCAAACACAAGCCUGACGGCCCAAUCAAGCUUAUAACAAUUCACAGCCUCAAGAACAAGAACAAGGCUAAGAAGGACCCCAGUGCCGCCCACAUCGAGGAGGUCACCCCUGAAGAGUACCGGACCCUCACGCAACAGUAAACAGACUCAGGCAACAGGAGACAGCCCCACUCAAAAGCAAGCAUCACCUCACUCACGUCAUCUGUUGGACACAAAUAGAAGUGUACUCAGCACUCGCAAUGUAUUGGAAUCAAUCAAGCACUGAGUCAACACACCUGCAAAUCCACACAUGUUCCACCAUAUUCAAGCUCCAACACACUUAUUCACUUAUUCCACACCUAAGCAUAGUCAACAUAUUAAGCUGUAUUAAUACAUUAUUUAGCACUACUAAGUCCUGCGGCGAAGGGAUCCAAAUCGAAGUUAAAACAUUCGCAUCGCAAGAAAUUCAGAAGACAAUCGACUUGACAAUGGUCCAGGACGGAGCGAAACGUCUUCGUCUCUUCACUUUCUAGUGUGUGGUCUGGUCAGCAAAUUCAGGAUAUUUUUAUGUUCGCGGAAGAACAUUAGCAAUUAGGAAAUUGUGAUGAUUGGUGGUCAAGUGGAGGUGGAGGAAUGAUUAUUGGAAUAGGGGCAUAAGGUGCCACGGAGGCAAGGGUAAGGUAGGGCCCGGGGGGGGGGGCAUAGGGAAGGUGAAGGUAAGGUCGGUUAGGGAAGGGCAAAGCUUUUAAGAAAUCGCGAAACACUAACAGAAUCUCCAAUAAUAAUUAACUGCUUAACCCCACUUGAGGGUUGAGGGUUCCGAACCCGUGUUAUUUCUAGAUCUAAUAGAAGAGUUGACCAUAACUCUUGUGAAGAGAAUACACCAUAAGCGAGUUUAUUUGUUAACACUUUCUGAUCAAAUACAUUUUGCACCUCAACAUAAAUGAGAAAAAGAAGCACUAAUAUGUAUUUAGACAAUACGAUAGAUCAGUUACCUCCUCCGGAUGUAAGGAGAGACGUGAACACUAUAUACCUACUUUAUCCGAAUAUUACACCAUUUCGUGUAGUCAAUAUUACCACAAUCUUAGAAGGCGGUAAAUCAUCUUGACCGGAUAUGGUUAAGGAUUUGAAUGACUUUAAUCCGGCUGGUGAUCGGAUCCCUCUUAACCCCAGCACCGUUAUACUAACGCCUUGACAUAUACACUGAGAGGUGUAUAUAUCCCCGCUUCUCGUUGGAUAUACUCUGAGUUGACUCGAGUCCAGAACUAUAUUCAGAACUAAAAUAUACCUACUGGUUGGUCAGUAUGGUAACUUGGUAGUCCUAAUAACCCUCUAGAGGUUGAUAGGCCUGCGGUCCAACACGAGACCAACCAACUAACGCCAGAUUAACGUGAUAAAUCUCGUCUGUCGUAUGAGUAUGCUGUAAUAUAUAUAUAUAUACAUAUAUACUUACUUUCACAGUAGCAGACCUCGCCGAAAGGAAUUUAAUUUUGCAUUUUAUGCAAUAUAGGAAAAACAGGAAAAUAUUAAAAAAAAUGCUUAAAAUCAAAAGCCCAGUUGUGUACAAAUUUCGAUAAGUGAAUUACAAAGCUUCAUACGAAUAAUUCGGAUAUGUGAAAUAAAAAUCCUUAUAUAGAUAAUUCAGAUGUGUAAAUAUAAAUUAUAUGGAUAAUUCGGAUAUGUGAUUUAAAAUACGACCUUAUAUGGAUAAUUCGGAUAAAUGAUUUAAAAGACGACCUUAUAUGGAUAAUUCGGAUAUGUGAACUAAGAAGCUUUACACGGACAAUUCGUGCCAUGAGACGACACUAAUAUGUAUAUUUACUCUGUUGUAUUAUACUUUAAAAGUUUUAUUCUCUCUAAUGAUAAAUAUAUAUAUGUAUACAAUGUG